AUGGAUCAGGCAGACACAAAAGAGCGGAGGGACUCUGGAUCCCACGACGUCACACCUCCGGAGAAACUCGUCCGCGAGUACGACGGAAGCGUGGAGGUUGUUAGGGCCGGAACUCUCGCUGCACUGGUGGAAAAUUUGACGCGCCACGACAAGCUCGAUGGUUCCUUCAACCGAAUAUUCCUCACCACCUAUAGGCAUUUUACCUCGGGAGCAGAGCUCCUUGAGCUCCUCAUCGAUCGAUUCGACUGCUCGCCUCCCGUGUUAAAUGCCACUCAGACUACAGAAUGGGUGACCCAGACAAAGCCACUGAUUCGAUUACGCGUGAUAAACGUUCUGAAGCAAUGGCUCGAACAUUUCUGGUCUGAGCCUGAAGGCAUUGAUACAGAUCGAAAUUUGCAACUACUGCAGUCAUUUGCAAAGCGCGCCACGGAUGCCACCGAGACAAGCGCGACACAACUGCUCACGAUAAUUCAGCGCCGACUUGCCGGUUUCGAUUGCAAAAGAAGAUCGCUAUCAUCCAUCUCAACCCCGCCGAAGCCAAUUCUACCACGAAAAUUAGACAAACUUCAGUUUCUCAAAAUCGAUGCCACGGAGAUCGCCCGGCAGCUGACUAUCAUGGAAGCACAUAUUUUUGGCAAAGUACAACGAGUCGAAUUGUUAAACAAAAACUGGCAAAAGAAAGAGGGCUCCAGUGCACCCGAGCUAGCUCCAAACAUUAGGGCCUCGAUUCGGUAUUCCAAUCAGCUCUCUAAUUGGGUCGGAACCCUAAUACUCACAGAAUCGGAUUUGAAAAAGCGGACUCAGGUGAUAGGGCAUUUAGUCAAUGUGGCCAAUGCAUGUCAUCAACUCCAGAAUUACUCCGCGGUAGUCUCAAUCUUGGCAGGCUUGGAAAGCGCACCUGUCUACCGGCUUGCUCGCACUUGGGCAAUGGUUACCGAACGUAGUUGCAACACGCUAAGGCCCUUACAAGCCAUGAUAUCCAAUGCACACAAUUACCAGGCAUACCGUGACACAUUGCGGGUUGCAAUGGCACCAUGCGUUCCAUUUCUCGGUUUGUUUUUGAAAGAUUUGACGUUCAUUGAAGAUGGGAACCCCGCUACGACACCGGAAGGACUCAUCAAUUUCCACAAAUAUACUAUGCUAGCAUCAACCAUCCAUGAGAUUCAGCGUUUAAAAGAAGCACCUUACGCUUUACGACCGGUGCCCGAGUUGCAGGAAUAUAUUGCGACUCAGUUGCAAUCGGCUGUCGAUUUACAUGACAUGUGGGAUAAAAGUUGUGCGCUGGAACCUCGAGGCCGGGAUCUUGGAAAUAGACCCCGGGAUUUAUAUACCCCCACAGGAGGCAUGUUCGCGUCUAUGGUAGUCGCCUGCAUGGUCCUGGAUGACUGA